AUGGAUUUACCAAGGUAUAGCAAAGAGUAUAUUGAUGGUGUUCAACAUUUUUUGGACUUCGCUUAUUCUGAUGGAGAUCCUCAGGGCGAAGAAAUUCAAUGCCCGUGUGCAAAGUGUUGUAACAUCCCUUGGUAUCGAAGGAAUGUAGUUUAUGAUCAUUUAAUAUGCAAUGGUUUUGUUAAAGGUUAUACAAGAUGGAUUAAUCAUGGUGAAUGGGAAAUUCCAAUGGAUGUUAAUGAUGAUAUGGAUGAAGAUAAUUCAUAUGAUGACAUUGAUGGGUUGUUGAAUGAUCAAUUUAGAUAUGUUGCACAAGGAGUUGAUGAAUGCCAAAAUGAAGAUGCCAAAAAAUUCUAUAACUUAGUUGACGAGGCAAGUCAAGAAUUAUAUCCUGGUUGUAAAGGAUUCUCUAAAUUAUCAUUCACGAUCCGUCUAUAUUUGUUGAAGUGUCUACAUGGAUGGAGCAAUGAGUCCUUUACUUCCCUCUUAGAGUUAUUGAAAGAGGCGAUGCCCGAGUUGAACAUUCCUUUAUCCUGCAACAAUUCCAAGUCUUUUGUAAAGAAUCUAGGUCUUGAUUAUAAGAAAAUUGAUGCAUGUCCCAAUGACUGCAUGUUAUUUUGGAAUGAUCGUAAAAGUGAUGAAUAUUGCCUUGUUUGUGGAGCUUCUCGAUACAUUGAAUAUCCUGAAGUAGAUAGCGAGCUUGAGCCUUCCAAAAAAGCUCAUCGUGUUGCUGCUAAAACUUUGAGACACUUUCCAUUAAUUCCUAGACUCAAACGGCUGUGCUCAAAGACGGCAGAUAAAUUGAGAUGUCAUGACGAGGAGCGGUCUAAAGAUGGAAAGUUAAGGCAUCCUGCCGACGGCCAAGCAUGGAAAGACUUUGAUAGCCUUCAUCCAGAUUUUGCAAAAGAUUCUCACAAUUUGAGACUUGGCUUGGCAAGUGAUGGAUUCAAUCCAUUUCGGACCAUGAGCAUAUCUCAUAGCACAUGGCCAGUUGUCUUAAUGGUUUAUAAUUUACCUCCUUGGAUGUGCAUGAAACAAGAAUAUUGCAUGCUUUCGUUGCAUAUAUCUGGGCCGAGAUCUCCUGGAAAUGAUAUUGACAUUUAUUUGCAACCACUAAUAGAAGAGUUGAAGGUAUUGUGGGAGUUAGGAGUUGACACAUAUGAUGCUUCAAGAAAUCAAACCUUUCAAAUGCGAGCAGCUCUUAUGUGGACAAUUAGUGACUUUCCUGCCUAUGCUAUGUUAUCUGGGUGGAGUACAAAAGGAAAAUUGGAUUGUCCAUGUUGUAAUUAUGGCACUAAUUCUUGCUAUCUAAAACAUAGUCGGAAAAUGUGUUACAUGGAUCAUCGUGUUUUUCUGCCCAUAUACAAUAUAUGA